CGUCGACCGCGUUCCCCGUCUCCUCGUCCAUUAUCGUUUCAUCCAUGGUUGUGUAAAGUGUAAAUUGUUUUCGUUCCGGUGCUAAACGCUGUGCAUCAUGGGUUUCUAGUGCGUUAAAUUUUGCACACGCAAGUGUGCCAGUACAACUAUCGAUCAUGGAAGCCAAAAUGGCGUUUUAUUCGCUUGCCGCAUCAACUUCGGCACAGUCCCUACACUUUACACAUCUUUCCGAAAUAAUAUCGACCUCAUCGAUCAGCGUCGCUGUAGAUCCAUCAUUGAAUGAAAAUGGAACCGAUGCUGACCGAAUGGAAACAGGAGCCGGUUUCGCCUCUCACCUACGAUGAGGUGUACCGGCUCGCCGAAGAGAACUUUUAUCAAACCUCCGAUGAAGACGAUGUCAAGUUCGAAACGGAGUUUGCAGGCUGCGAGACAAAGGCGGAGGUUGCCUCAUACAUGCUCGAGAAUCUCGAGAGUCUUGCCGAUCUCGAUGAUAUCAUCAAACAAGAACCCUUCCUUCUAGAUGAAAAGAUGUUGCCAAUGCUGGACGAAGUGGAGCCUCCACGCGCCAUGCUGGUGCCCAACAACCAGCUGAAAAUGGAAUACAUCAAACCGGACACCCAAUCGCUCCUCAAAGAGUUCGAGACGGUGUACGUUGAACUGAACAGCAGCGGCGCCCUAACACCGCCCCAAAGCCCACCAAUGGACCAGCAGCAGCAACAACAACAACCCAUGUUAACCACGUUGGAGCCGCUCCUGCAGCCCAUCAAGUACCAUCACCUCAACCACCACCAGCAGCAACAGCAACACCACCACGUGGCCGAUCAGCAACCGCAAACACCCUACUCCGUACCUGACAAGCAGUUGCUGUACCGCAACAUUCCCGUCGAUUACCCACCGGUGGCUACACCACAGCCCGACAUCGCACAUGAGCUCGCCGUCGUUGAAGAACUCGUACGCACCCGCGUCGAAGACAUGCAAUGGACCAGCAGCAGCGGACCGUCGUCGCCCAACAGUAGCAGCAGCAGCAGCGGCAGCAGCAACUUCGGCGAUUGCUCCUCCGACGAUCCCGAAUGGAUUCCGGAACCUAUUGAAAGUUACGCGGACGCAGUUCCCGGUCUCAAGCCGAAGAAAAGAUCUAAACCGUACGCUCGAACCAAUCCGGACGACAAAAAGUCACGAAAGAAGGAACAGAACAAGAACGCCGCAACCCGCUACCGUCUGAAAAAGAAGGCGGAAGUGGAAGAGAUCCUGUUGGAGGAGAAGCAGCUGUUGGACCACAGCGCCGAGCUCGGCACCAAAAUUACCGACUUGCAACGCGAAAUCAAGUACUUAAAAGGGCUGAUGCGUGAUCUCUUCAAGGCCAAGGGUCUCAUCAAUUAAUUCAAACAAAAAACACAUGCAACAUUGCAACAAAUCUAAUUAUUUCAUUAUGCUGUAAUGUUUAAAUGCUUUUUUCUAUACUCCGUUUCUUACUGUAUCAUUGCUUUAAAGUCGUUUGAUAAAAGUUAGUCUUAGGGAAGAUGUUUAAGAUAUUAUUUUUAUGUCGGUUUUAACGCUAGAAACGUAUGAACGAUUUUCUUAUUUUCAUUCACACGUUCCAAUCGUUUGCCAUUAUCAUUAGCGUUAAUUGUUAUAUGUUACAACAUUUAUACUUUAUUUCUAACAUGUAGUCUACACAUAUAUUUACUAACCAAUAAAGGAAGUUUUUAGGUGGGGAA